UGGAGGAGACAGACGAAUCAUUGACAGAGAGAGAAACAAAUCACUCACCAUCACUCAGAAGUUUCAAGACAAUGAGUGACUUUGAUUUGUCUCAAGCUCUUGAGAGCCCUCUUGAAUCAGAAGAGAAAGGAUUCAAAUCUUUCUGCUUUGACAAGACGGAUGUUCCAGAUGAGGUCAUCAAUCUUGAUACAGAACUGGACCUGAGGAUUUCCCGAAACCCAGGUUCCAUGAAGGGUGCAGCUACCCUGUUGCUGCUAGCAAACAGGAUGAAAAACGUCCUGUCUCAAAAAGGACAAAGUGACAGUGAGCGCUGCAGAAUGCUCAUGGACAGUGUGAUAGAGACAACAAUUGUCAAGACGUUUGAGAACAACUCCAUAGGGGAGAGGAGACUGGACUUCCGUCGUCUCAGUAGUUGGGAGUGCAGUCUGACGGACCAAAACAAUAAAGGGAUCAUCUGCAAAUCCAAAGACUUAAAACUGCUGGCCCUCACUCUGACUGCAGCAGACUACAUUCACAAAGUGAAAUUUAAAAUGGGGACAUAUGGCUCUCCUGGUAUUGGUCAGACUGUUGUUCUGUCAAUCAUCAAUCACAACUUGUACAUUUCCUGCACAAUGAACGGUGACAUAGCGGAGCUGAAACUGGAGGAAUGCAGUGCAGAGCAAUUAAAGGUCAUCCGCAGUGAUGGAACCAAUGACCGUUUCCUCUUCUUCCUCAGGGAGACAGGAGUGAAUGUUAAGACGUUUGAAUCCGUUAAGUGCCGCGGCUGGUUCAUCAGCACAUCCUAUGAGAAGGAGGAGAAGCCUGUGGAGAUGUGUAAAGUUGACUCUGUCUCUCGUGUCUUCUCAUUCAAAACCAGCUAAAAUCACUCAUGCUAUCAGAGCCUUCUGCAGUUUGAAUGUAACCAGAAAUAUGCUUUGGGUGCUUUUUUCUUAACUUUGUUGUCCCUGACCACUAGAUGGAGCAAUCGCCUCGCUUUUGAUAGUGUUCUAAGAGACAGAGGUAGCUAUUCAACCAGUAUAACCCACUAUAUCUUUUUUUACUCACUGGGGAACUGCUGUUUAAAGGUUUCUCUUCUUUUCUGGAGAAUGUUGUAAUAGGAUAUUCCUGGCAACUACUAAUAUAUAUUAUUCUGCUUCUAUGAUAAAUGUUUGUAACAUAUCAGUGAACAUAUCAGAGCCUUGUGUGGGUGCUUCUUAUGAGAACUGUGCAUCAUAGCAACUUAGUGAGUGUAAGUUUAACCAAGCCUUGAUGUUUCACAAUGCACAUGGGACCCAGAGAUUGACAGAGGUACGGACCGACAGACAGAAAGUGAUUAGUAUAAAGCUGUUAGAUAAGAUCAAAUGAAGCAAAUAUAAAAACAGCUGUUUUUCAGACUGCAGUGUGAGCUAAAAAAAACAAACAACUGAAUGCCAAUGAAGUCAGAUUUGUAUAGAUUUUUAAACUGGGAGAAUUGUUUGUAGGAGAGUUGUUUUCACCUGUAUGUGCGAAAUAAUUAAUAAAGUAAUAUCAUGUAUAUCCUACAGCAAUCUAGAAGAAGAGUGUAUUCAUCUCCUAAUGCCUAACAGUCUCCUUAUGAAACCGUAUUUAAAUGUA